AAUUCACACUUUAUUAGUUCAUGUCAUUCUUUUUCCUUUAAGAUAAGAUAAGAAAAGGAGAGAUAAAUAAGUGAAUAAAGAGGGGUAUCUUUACCUCAUACUUUUUAGCUCCAUCUCUCUCUCUCUCUCUCUCUCUCUCAGUUGCGGAGAUGAUUUCAGUCUGACAAGUGACUUUACCCCAAUUGAAGAGUACUUAUACAUAAACAUCAUAGAUUUCAUACAUAUCGAGACAUGUCGAUGAUGAUCGCGGAACACGAGAACACUCAGAAUUCCAUCAUUCAAGGUGCCAAAGAUAUUGGAGUAGCUAAUAAAAUCAAUUUUAUCUUUCUUUGUCGCCCUCUCCCGCUCUCUUGUGGUAUAUAUAUAUAAAUACAUAGUAUGUUUCUCUCUCUCCCUCUCUGCUCUAUGCUUACUCAACAUGGUCAUGUUGGUUGAAGAUUCAAGAAGCGGAUGCAAGGAAAUCAAUGGAAUCUUGUGGCACAUCAUCAAAUACGUACUCUGUUUUUUUGUGACUUGUACGCACUAGGAAUUUUCUGAGGAGAAAGAGAACAAUUACAGUCCACUGUUCAGUUCCUCUUGCACACAAAUAAUUUUCUGAGGAGAAUGUUUCUUACUUAGUCUUGGGGCAGAUGCCAAAUCUUAGUAACAUUCAGGGUAACAAAAGUAUGAUUCUGAUUGGAUGAGUGAUUGUCCUUUACUCCUUUCUACUCCUCCAUCAACAUAAGCACACUGCUGAGUGCUAACCAUGUAUAUCCUACGGAUCGGUUCAUAUUGUUCUUCAAUUUAUAUGAUGUAUAAUUCAGGUUAGAGGGAGAGAGUUUUCGAUCAGAUGAGAAGGCUAACGCAAGAAAAUUUUAAUAUUCAUGAUUUAGGUGUCUGGAGUAGCUUAUGCGUACAUUAAAAGAAGAAGAAGAUCGCAAUAUAUAUAUUUAUAUAUAUAUAACUAAUUCAAAGGCCAAUGGCGACUUAUUUCCAUGGCAAUACACAAAUACAAAGCGACGGUUUGCAAACCCUGAUCCUCAUGAAUCCAAGCUACGUUGGCUACUCCGAUAGUCAACCGCAACCACCGGGGAAUUUCGUUUUCCUCAACUCCAGUGCUGCCGCCGAUGGAAACGCCCAAUUUCAACCAAAUUUCACUCACGCGCCGCCGCACAACCACACCCAACAAUUUGUCGGAAUCCCACUUCACGCCGCCACUUCUGCUGCUGCCGGCUCGGAUCCCAACCAUGAUAUCUCAGCCGCCAUCCAUGGCUUCAUCCCUCAAAGACUUCAUCACUACAACAUGUACAACAGCACAAUCGACCAACCCACAGCAGCGCGUGAACUUAAACGCGCUCAGCAGCAAGGUCUUUCCCUCAGCCUUUCUUCGCAGCAGCAAACUGGUCACAGAGCUUCCGGGCAGACAAUAUGUCCGACUAGUGGCGGCGGUGUUGACGUGAGAGUUGUUUCCGCCGGCUCACCGUCCUCGGGGAUUUCGAACGGGGUAAACGGAGUGCAGAGUGUUUUGUUGAGUUCCAAGUAUUUGAAGGCAGCACAGGAGCUUCUUGAUGAGUUGGUUAAUGUUGGAAAGGGUAAUGGAAAUGAUGAAGGUGGUAAUGGGACAAACAGUGUGCAGGGAAAAGUAGCAGGAAGUGGAGCGACAGUGUCGGUGGUGGCCGAAGAAGGGUUAGGUGGUGGUGGUGGUGGUGGUGGAGAGACAAGUGGGAAACGCGGCAGCGAGCUUACGACGGCAGAGAGACAGGAGACUCACAUGAAGAAAGCAAAACUGGUCAACAUGCUUGAUGAGGUGGAGCAAAGGUACAGACAGUACCACCAUCAAAUGCAGAUUGUGAUUUCCUGGUUCGAACAAGCUGCAGGAAUCGGGUCUGCUAAAACAUACUCUGCUCUGGCACUGCAGACAAUAUCGAAGCAGUUCCGGUGCCUCAAAGAUGCAAUCACGAGUCAAAUACGAACAGCUAGUAAGAGCUUGGGGGAAGAAGAUUGCUUUGGAGGAGGGAAGAGUGAGGGUUCAAGGCUCAAAUUUGUGGAUCAUCAUAUUCGCCAACAAAGAGCUUUGCAACAGUUGGGAAUGAUCCAACAUAAUGCUUGGAGACCCCAGAGAGGACUGCCUGAGAGAUCUGUUUCCGUUCUUCGUGCCUGGCUUUUCGAACACUUCCUACACCCUUACCCCAAGGACUCGGACAAAAUCAUGCUCGCAAAACAAACAGGACUUACUAGGAGUCAGGUCUCAAAUUGGUUCAUAAAUGCUCGUGUUCGCCUCUGGAAGCCAAUGGUGGAGGAAAUGUACUUACAGGAAACUAAGGAACAAGACCAGAAUGGAUCUGAGGAUAAAACAAGUAAACCCGAAAAAGGUGAAGAUUCAUCCCCGCAGAAGUCCAAUCCUCAGCAACAGAAAAGCCUUGUGAAAGAGAACGAGAACAGGAACUUCAAUUCAAACCCCGAGAACCCUACAAACCAGAACACAACCCCUCCAUCUAUUACCAUUUCCACAGCUUCGACAUCCCCCACUUUUCGAACCCAUCCCGGGUUUAGCCUUAUUGGAUCACCGGGUGUGGAAAGCUUCACCCAUGGAAGUCCAAAGAAACAGAAGAGCUUCGAAAUUUUACAAUCCCCUAUUAAUGAGCAACUGUUUAUGAGAUUUGGUAAUGAGAGGCAGAAUAGAGAUGAUGGAGGGUUCACGUUGACCGGGACCCCUACUAAUUUCAUAGGAGGAUUUGGGUCCUACUCCAUCGGUGAAAUGGGUAGGUUCAGUGCUGAGCAAUUCCCAACAACGUAUGCAGGGAAUGGAGUUUCUCUUACUCUUGGCCUCCCACACUGCGAAAACCUAUCUAUGUCUAGAACCCAUCAAAGUUUUCUCCCAAACCAAAGCAUCCAACUUGGAAGAACUGUAGAAAUACGUGAACCGGAUGAGUUUGGUUCUUUUAGCACUCCAACUUCUUCUCACUCCACAGCAGCUUACGAGAAUAUCAACAUACAGAGUCGUAAAAUUUUUGCAGCGCAGUUGUUGCCCGACUUUGUCACCUGAUGAAGAAAGAGGAAAAGAUGACAGGUAAUACUAAGAAUUUAAGGUCCCUUUCACUAUUUCUUCCUUUAUAACCUUGGAGGAAGAAAAUUUACGUAGUAUAUAGGCCAACACUUCUAAAGAGAACCAUAGAGUUCUUAUAAAUAGCUCAGAAGUUGAGAGUAUAUAUUGAGGAUUGUAUAUUAUUUUCGCUACUAUUCCAGAAUACCUAGAUUGAUUUAUGUUGUGAUGGAUAUCAAAAUAAGUUAGUAUGGGGGUGGGUAUAGAAAUGAAUAUUGAUUUUAAGAAAA